AAAAUGGCGGCGGCGGCGGCGGCGGCGGGGCGGACGCGGCGGCGGCGGUAUGCCCGGUAGCCGGCGGCGGGAGCCCUGCCUCAGGCCCGCCGCCCUGAGGAGGCGGAGCGGCGGCGGCCAGGAGGGGCUCGGCCGGCGGCCGGCGGAGGACGGAGCGGCGGCGGCGGCGGAGGAGGAGGGCGGUGCGGGCCCGGGUCCGGGCCUGGGCCUGCCCGCGGGGGAGGCGGCGGUGCGCGGCGCUGCAGAGCCAUGUUUACAUAAAACUCCAAAGAGAUCACUGAGUAGGAAAUCCAGAAUACCUACUUUCAGCUCUCCUGUUAAUGACACUGACAUACAGCAAGAAAUCUUUUGGGAUCCUCAUUCACCAAUUGCACGCGGACUAGGCAAUGAAAAAACCAAACGUUCUACCAGGAGAUGUGCAGUCGAAAUUUCAGAAAUUGUUAAUCGUAUUGCUCCUCAGGAUGAAAAAGCAGCCUGUAAUGAAGGCUCCCUUUUAGGGACAUGGAUUGGGGAGGAUGCUAUUCCCUGUACACCUGGAGCAGUAAAAGUGCGAGCUAGGACAAAGUUAAGCUGUACAAGAGAUCUUAAAAUAAAAAAUCCUGAAGAGGAGCUCAUGAAAUUGGCCAAGGAAUUUGAUAAAAAUCUGGUAGAGCUAGAUGCUGUUCAGGAACAAGAGAAGCUUGGCCGUGGCUUUAUCCAGACUGCCUCAGAGUCUUUAAAAAAUUACAAAGAUGAAGUAAAUAGGAAGAACCUGAAAUCACUCCUUAGUGAAGUUUCUGAAACAGAUGCUGCUCUGUCCCUGAAACCAGUUGCAGAAAGCACUGGCAUCACCACUGCAGAGCCCUGUCUGUCUAGCAGUCAAAACUCUGUAGACCUUGAGGCCGAAAUAGCCCUUCAUGCUCUUUUUGAUUGCUCUACCCAGAAGUGUACUGGACAGUUGAGCCAAGGACUAUCGGGUAUUUCUUUAAAUAAUAGUUUCCAUGAAAACAAAAGGACACUGGAGGAGGAACACCUUCCUGAACAAAUUAAAAAUACACAACAUGGUAAUUCAGAUGCAUGUCAAAAACAUAAUCUCUAUGCACUAGGAAGUGUGAACCAGACUCUUCCAAGAACGGAUACUAACACACUGACAAAAAAAAAUACUCCUUUGAAGAGACAAGUGGUGGUCUCCAGUAAGCUUGCUGGAGUAGUUAAUGAUGAUUUUGAUGAUUGGGAUACAGAUUUUUUGGCAGAUGACUCUUUUGUGAUGCAAAUAACCCAAAAUCCUGAGUUGAUAAAUACUGAAGAAGCUCCAACAAUUCCUAUAAAUACUUCUGUGCGUGGUUUCAGUGAUGCUAGCAGAACAAAGGAAAGAAGUAGCUGCAAUUCAGUAAUUUCUUUGGAGAGUGUACACAAAUCUAAAAGUUCUCUGUUUUCACCUUUGAAGCAUCCUAGUAAAAAUACACAAAAUGUUGCAAAGUCUCUUUCUUUACAAAAGCCAUUUAGUAAGAUGGAAAACUCAAAGACGGCAACCACUUACUCUACUUGGAGGAGUGCCCAAAACAGUGAUUUUAACUAUAUACCCGUUUCAACGCAGUCUCAAGUGAAGAAUGGAAAUGAAACUGUUGAGCCUAAAGGUAACCCUGUUCUUUUCCCAUCAAGACCUAAUCCUCACAGACCACGGACUGAAAAACCUGGGAGUAACUUGCACAAUAUUUUCUGUGAAUCAGCCAAUAUUUCUACCAAUACAAAACCUAAUGAUCUAAUUAAAAUGGUUAACCAAGCUAAUACAGGUCACUUAAAUCCAGUUGAAAUACCAAAGAAAAGUACUCUGUCAUUUGAUGACUGGAAUGAACCGAAAUUCUCUGAUGAGGUUUUGGACAUGUUUUGUGAAUCCGAUAGUCUGUGGGAUGCAAACUGUGAGGAUGAUGAAUUGUUGUAUCAGGUAUGUGAUGAUAUAGAAAAGCAGACACAGAGCCAGGAUGUUAAACAAGGAAAUGAAAGAGCUAAAACUAUACAAGGAGCCAGUAAUCUCUCCAGAUCAAAUUCUGACGGUGGCUUCACAGCAUCUAAACAAGGACUACCUGAUCGCCUCGUGGCACAAAAAACAAAUGCAAAACAGGAUGGUUUUUCACUAAACAAUUCUGGUAGGAACUUCUCAAGGGUUACACAUGGACUGACCACAACAGGGCAGGUAGUGAACUGCAAAAAUGUUUCAAGUCCUCUAUCAAUGAUCUGGGGUACUUCUAUGGACUGUAAAUAUACACUGUCUAAAAACUAUCAUCAAGCUGCUUCUGAAGAUACUACAAAGAGUGUUUCAGGAAAGUGGUACAGGUCAAAUUCUGUACCAGCAAGAGAGACUCAUUCUGAAGCAAGUCCAGCUAACACAAUAAACGUUUUUAGUAGCAAAAGAUUAGACAGCCAAGAUCUCUUGAAUAAUGCAGGAAGGACAACAAAUAACAGUUCUGGUAACAAAACAUCAGCUGUGCCUUCCAAGUUUAAGUUCCGAAAGACUAACAGUUCUCAGAAUGCUCUUCAUGUAGGGUCUGAAAAUCCAGGGAGUCAUUCUGGCAUUGGAAUUGCUCCGCAGGGUUUGGAAGGAAGUAAGAAUCAGGUGAAUGUGGCUUUGCACAGCAAGCCUGAAAAUACAAAACCACCUUUCAAGAGGCACCUUUCAGAGUCUUUUGCACUGUCUACAUCAGUGUCUGUGGUGGAACAAAAAAACAGGAAAUGUUCUCAAGAAGAAAUUGAAAGAAAGAAACAAGAAGCUCUUGCACGAAGAAAAUCCAGAAUGCAGGCAUUCUUAAAAGAUGCUUGAAUUUGAGAGGAGUUACCAAGUUUUGGGGAGGGAAAUACUGUAAUGCUGGAAGACUUCUAAAACUGUGUUCAUGGCUGCUGAUACCAAGCUUUUCUUAUUUCUCGAUUUAAAAAAAAAAAAUCUUGAUCUGAACCAUAAUUAAUAUUCUGGUGGUAUUUAGUCUUAACUAAAAAAUACCAGUGGUAAAUUUCUAGUCCCAAAUAUCUUCAACAUAAUGAAGUUCAAGAUUGUACUGAGUUCAUGUUCUGUUAUGUGUUGAAGUUGUAUACUCUAAAAAUCAUGAGCGUGUGCAAGCAUUUGUAGACCUAAAUAAGUAGAAGGCUUCAAAAACGGACUGUGUGUAUUUGAGCUGUAUUUCUCUUACUAGGAGUAUUUUAAUCUAAAGGAAGACACUCGAGCACACAUAGACUAAACAAUAUUAAUGUUUGCUUUCAGGUAGGUGAAAGUUCCAAAGUUUUGGUUUAAAGAAAGUACAAUCUAGAAAACAUCCAACAUUGGGGAAACUAUUGGAAAUGAACAGGUUUUGGAAACCUUGCUCAGUUUGUGUCUGUUACCUUAAUUCUUAAGGUAAGAAUUGUACAUGAUGAAGGAACAAUUUAAUAUACAGGUUUCGUAAGGUGAAAUAACAUCCUGGAAAAGACACUUUUGUUUUUCAUUUCCUCCACAAAGAGUUGGAAAUGCCAUAGCUACCAAAAUUAGACCACCUUUUUCUAAACAUGUAUUACCAAGCAAUUUUUUUUUAAAAAGGUAUCCUAUGUCAUUUUACCAAACCGUAAGCAAUACAAAAUACACGAGGUGAAAUGUCAGCAACUGUGAAUCAGUUUAGUGUUAUGGGUUAUACAUAUUUUUCAAACUAAAGGCUGUUAAAACACAAUAAUGCAAGGUCAUGUCAGCUUAACGGGGGCUGAUAGAAUUCUCGAUGUGAUAGAUGGGUGCAGAGCUCAAACUGCAAAAAGUGCCUGUGGGUAAGCUGCAAGAUAUUUUUCAACUGAGAAAUGCUUAUAUGUAAACAUGUGACACUAUGAAAAGUGACUGUGAUUUUUCUUUGUAAAUAAAUAACUUUGAAAUGUACCAAAGGUUAGAUGAAGCUUUUGGUUCCUGUAAUAUGUACUGUUUUUGUAACUCUUAAAAAUGUAAGUAUUGUAUAUUUGUAAAUCAUUAUUAAAUUCCUUUUUUUUUUUU